CAUGCAUAGAACAUACGAAUCCUUUUCGCCUAUUUAAUAAUGACAUUAUUUAGAUUCAGAUGACGAAAAGUCAUUUCAUAAUCUAUCUGCAGAUACCUCUCUUCCAAAUCAUAACAUAAUGACCAUAUAUAGAUAGACUUUUGGUAUCUCGUUAUUUUUGAAGUUUUCACAACACCCAUGCGACCAAAGUAGGAUGGAGUUGGAUCGACCAGAAAGAAAAAAAAAAUUCUAGUCGAACAAUCAAACAAUACAGCUCCAGCUCGGUAAGCACUUACAUCCUUCCUAAUUAGGCAGGCCAAGACCUAGGCUCUCCUCUUCGGUGCUGCUUUGCCUCAAAACAUCAUCCUCACGUGGAAUGACGUGCUUCGUUAUUUUCCUUUAUGUAUAUACAAUACUACCUCUCGCAGGACGGUCCACGACCACUGAUGCGAGCCACGUCGUGGGUUAGGGGAAGAAGGGUUUCCAAUUGACUACCUACCAACCUAAUGACUAGUCCGCGAUAGUUCAAGGUAACCGAACCGAAGUGACCUGAAUCGCGAGAUGGACGUCGACGCCGAAAAGAAUGUCCCGCCCCCGGCCUUCCACAGCGCCGAGCACGCGCCCGUGGUCGAGGAUCAGCUGCGGAGGUCGCUGUCGCCGCGACAGGUGCAGAUGAUAGCUAUCGGCGGUACUAUCGGAACCGGUCUGUUUUUAGGCACCGGCAAAGCGCUGGCGACAGGUGGACCGGCUUCGUUGCUGCUAUGCUACGCUAUCGUUGGCGCGAUCGUGUUCGUCACGAUGUUGUGCCUGGGCGAGAUGGCUGCGUUUGUUCCAGUGGCCGGGUCUUUCUGCACCUUCUCUUCGCGUUAUGUAGACGACGCGUGGGGAUUUGCACUGACGUGGAACUACUGGUUUAACGAUGCCGUGUCCACUGCCGCUGAUUUAGUUGCUCUGCAGCUGGUCUUCCAAUAUUGGACAGACAGCUUCCCGUGGUAUGCACUAGGGCUCAUUAUAUGGUUCCUAAUCGUUCUAGCCAACAUCAUCAAUGUGCGGGCGUACGGCGAAGUCGAAUACUGGUUAUGCCUGUUAAAAGUGGUCACCAUCGUUAUUUUUAUAAUUCUAAGCAUUGCGGUAAAUGCGGGCGGAAACACGUCUCACGAUUAUAUCGGUGCUCGAAACUGGUACCUUCCAGGAGCUCCCUUCGUGGGCGGCAUCGGCGGGUUCGCCAGUGUAUUUGUGACCGCGUCCUUCGCAUAUGGCGGAACCGAAUCGAUCGCCAUUACAGCGGGAGAGACGAAAGAUCCGGCUCGUCAGUUACCGCGAGUCGUCAAGAACGUCUUCUGGCGAAUCUUGUUCUUUUACAUCUUAUCAUCCCUCAUGAUCGGCCUUAACGUGCCUUACAAUUACCCGGGGCUUAAUUCCAAGGACACGCGUACUUCACCUUUCACCAUUGCCUUCCAGCUGGUCGGCUCUAAGGUGGCGGGUUCUUUUGUGAACGCGGUCAUCUUGACCAGCGUCGUUUCGGCGGGGAAUCACGCCCUAUUUGCCGGUUCGAGGCUGCUAUAUACGCUGUCCGUGAAUGGUCACGCGCCUAAAGUAUUCGGGCGUCUGACGCGCUUUCAGGUGCCCUGGGUUUCCGUCCUCUUCACUUCAUUCAUCUCGGGCUUGCUUUUCGGAGCGUCUUUCAUCGGGGCGGGCCAGCUUUGGACGUGGCUGCAGAACCUUGUCGGCGUAUCCAACCAGCUCUCCUGGAUCAGUAUUGGCAUCGCCUCGCUGCGUUUCCGUGCUGGCUUGAAGGCUCAGGGCAAGGAGCACCUUUUGCCCUUUAGGAACUGGACGUAUCCGAUGGGGCCGAUCAUUGCUAUCGUCCUCAAUAGCUUCAUCGUCCUUAUUCAGGGAUGGAGCUGUUUCAGCCCCAAGUUCAGUGCUGUUGACUUCGUCAGUUAUUAUAUCGAGUUGCCCUUAUUCGCUUUGAUGUUCGUUGCUUGGAAGUUGAUUAAGAGAACGAAGUUUAAGCGGGCAAGUGAGAUGGAUUUGGUCACCGACGUAUAUACGAAGGACGAUAUUGAGCCGGAGGAGGAUGGUUGGACUGGAAGAGCGAAAAGGAUCGGGGGCUGGUUAUGUUUUUAAAUUUUGUAGUUUCUAUAUUAUUCAAUAUACCCCUAUCUAUUCGCCAUUGUA